AUGAGUACUUCUACUAGAAUUUCUUUCAAACCUGAACAUAAUUCGACAGCCCAGCAACAACCAAAACCAAAUUGGAUCGCUGAAGAGCUAUUCAAUACAGAGAUAGAAAGCAAUAACACCUAUGAAGUUCCUGGUAACGAAUCCUUUGUUUGCGAUCAAACUGUAGCUGAACCACAAAAUUCAGAUACAUAUUUCACUGAUCAGUAUUGCGAGUAUUAUACACAAGAUAUUCCUGAAACUGAUCACGUAGAACCACCUCAAAAUUUUCAGAAGGACUCAUUCAUAGAACACAAGACCUAG